AUGAAUAAUGAAAUCGAAAUAACAUCGUUAACAUCUUCCUCCCCAGUUUAUGGUAUUCUCAUAUUUAGUCAUGCUUUUCAUCUACAUUUGAAGCAUCGUUAUCAUCGUCACUGUCACUGCUUUCAUUAUCGUGAUCAUGAUCAUGCACCAUCUCACAUAGUUCUAGAUGAUAUUUGUCUCCAAGAUUCGUUUCGCUAUGUCGAGAUUCAUUUUAUUGUGAUACCAUUUAGUCAUUUGACGAAUACAGACCUGUCCAUUCCUGUGGUCGUAGUUGGCCAGGACGUUCGAACUUUGCAUGUACAUUAUGGGAGGAAUGGGGCACAAUCGCCCGGUAUUAUUCACAUCAAGUCAACUGGUGCAAGACAUUAA